AUGUUACCAUCCAAGCCCGAGCUACUCUCCGCUCAUUCCCAGAAUGUCGCUGCCCUCCUCAGUCUCGAUACCCUCGGCAACCGGGCCCUCCUGAAAGCCAGCCUCCUCGCCGCCGGCCUCACCGACGCCCAGUCCUCCGCCCUCUGCCUCACCCUUCCCCCGCCCCGCCCGUCCCAGUGGCCUCUACGCAAGAAGCUCACCGUCCUCCUCGGUCCGUACCUCGCCGCCGCGCUCGCCGCCUACUCCGCCGGCGCCUACGCCCUCGCCGCCGCGCCCCUGCGCGCCGCCUGGCACGUGUCCGAAACCGCCUACGCCGUCGGCAUCACCAUCUUCGUCAGCGCCUUUGGCUUCGCGCCCAUGGUUCUGGCGCCCGUCAGCGAGGCGCACGGCCGGUACUGGGUGUUUGUCGGCGCCGGCGCCGUCUUCUUCCUCGGCACGCUCGGGUGCGCCGUGACGGCGGGCUACGCGGGCAUGCUCGUGUCCCGCUUCGUCACGGGCAUGGGCGCGUCCGUGUUUGCGACGCUCACCGGCGGUGUGGUCGCCGACGUGUACGACAGGGAAGCAAGGAACACCCCGAUGGCGCUGUACUCGCUCAUGAUCAUGGCGGGCACCGGCCUGGGCCCGCUGGUGAGCGGUGUCGUCGUGGACGCGCUGGGAUGGCGUUGGAUAUUUUACCUGCAGAUGAUGCUGAUUGCAGCCACUUUGGCCUUGAUUCUGGUGCUGUUUGAGGAGACGCGAGCCAAUGUCGUCUUGGCCCGGCUAUGCCACGCGCUCAACAAACAACUGGCCGAGACACAUCCCGCGUCCCGCUUGCGCUUCCACCCCAGCGUCGUCCAAGAGACACUCGACAUCGGCCUUGUCUACCGCAGCUUCGUUUUUCCCCUGCGGCUCCUCGUCGCCGAACCCGUCGUCCUCUGCUUCUCCCUCAUCGGCAUCGUCUUCCGCGGCGUCUACGGCUUCUCCAGCCGGCAGGUUGGUCUUGUCUUCGUCGCCGUUGUCGCGGCCUCGUGUCUGAGUGCUUGCCUCGCCAUCACGCAGGGUCCCGUGCUGCGCCGCCUCUGGCCGCACCGGGCCGCCUCCACCACACCGGAAAGUCGGCUGCUCUCGACCAGUGUGCAGUCAGUGCUGCUACCCGCCGGGCUGUUUUGGUUCGGGUGGACGGCAAGUCCAGAGGUCCACUGGAUCUUCCCGGCGCUGGCUGUCGGAGCAUGCACCAUGGGCAUCUUCAGCAUUUAUCUCGCCGUCUUCAACUACUUGGCCGACACGUAUGGGCGCUACUCGUCGUCGGCGCAGGCGGCGCAGAGCAUGUGUCGCAACCUGCUGGCGGGCAUCUUUCCGUUGUUUACGCACAUUAUGCUGCGGAAUCUGACGUACCACGGCACGGGGAGUCUCCUAGGGGGGCUUGGACUUGCGUUGACGGCUGUCCCGUGGCUUCUAAGCUUUUUCGGGCCCCAGAUUCGGGCCAAGAGUCCAUUUGCCAAGACGGUGAUGGAGGAAUGA